AUGGAUGUUAUUUCGACCACGACACCAGUUCGUAUUUUGGCUCCACACUUCGAAAGUGAAUUGCCAACAAUCUCACUCUCUUCAAAAGAGAAGAUGAAAGAUUCCGAGUUGUUAUCUCUUCUUGGGCUGAAAUUAGCACUGGAAAAUCAGGCAAACCAGCAAAGUAGCUCAAACGCUUCCUUGAGCAUACCUGAAACUAUGCAACAAUGGCAGCCAGGUCUCGAUCGUGGUGGAUUGGAUCCAGACGAGCCAAUGCCAAAAGCUGCAACACACAUUAAUCUCCAAGAAUUUGGUGACAGCUACAUACUCACCUGUAAAACCAACCCCACACAUUCCGUCCACAGCAUUUACUUAUCUUGCCCCAUGAUGCCAAUAGGAUGCUUUGAGAACUGCAAACGUAUAUGUGAACCAACAGGCUGUGUGCGAGAGGCAGGUUUGCGAAAUGUUGUGUGCCACGCAGUUCACUAUUCCGAACAGCAGGGUAGUGUGCGUCAGUUUGAGUACAAGAUGAACAAAUAUGAUAAAAAUAUAACGGGGAAAUGGUCAUGCUUCCACGCCGGUGUCCGAAGUCAAAUAAUCAAUGUCGAGGCAGUGCCACUUCCAACGACUACCUCCACCACCACCACCACAACAACAACAACAGUUACUUCAAGCACAAGGACACCAACAACAUCAGCACGGACCAUGAAGUCUACUUCAUCAGACCCGUAUAAUCAAGCUAGGACAAGCGAGCUUUCUCAGCAUUCUGGUACCAACCGUUUUCAAUUCGUACACUCUCGAUUCUGGUCAGAUGAAAGACUGAAUAGCAUGCCGAAGCAGCAGCCAACGAACAAGACAACUGCGGUGAGUCAAAGGUCAGUCAGCGGAUGGUCAACCAUGCCGCAGAAUGAAACACGAGGACAACAGUAUUCGUCACUCAUUGGUAAGCGGUUGUACUAUGUUCAUCCAACUGGUAUCCAUCAGAGAGAAGUAAUAAAGGCACACAGACGCAAGAAUCUCAAGGCUAGCCUUUACCAAAGGGCAAGAUGGCUCAAUUGGUUAGAGCGCGAAUCUACUAACUGGAAGGUCCGUGGUUCGAACCCGACCUGGGCCUAUUGA